AGGCAUCAUGGGAAAACAGAACAGCAAGCUGACCCCUGAGGUGAUGGAGGACCUGGUGAAGAGCACGGAGUUUAACGAACACGAGCUGAAGCAGUGGUACAAAGGCUUCCUCAAAGACUGUCCCAGCGGCAGGCUGAACCUGGACGAGUUUCAACAACUCUAUAUCAAGGUGCGUAUGAGGUGUGGUACACCCGGAGAAAUGAUUUAUAUAUGGUGUUAUAACUUCUAGCUAGGGAAAUGAUUGAUAUCCUUAUUAUAUAAUGUGAUAAGAAACCUUUGUGAAGCUAGAACAGACAGAAUCAGGGUUUGAUUUCUCUGCAUUAGAACUGCUCUGUCGUUCAUUAUGUUUUCUCCGUCAUAUUAACUGAUCAUAAUGCUAGUUACAACUAAAGAUACGUUUUUAAAUAGUUGGAUAUCACAGCUGUCUCAAUCAAUUUCUCAACUUUGCAGUUCUUCCCGUACGGCGAUGCAUCAAAGUUUGCACAGCACGCCUUCAGGACCUUCGACAAGAACAGCGAUGGCACCAUCGACUUCAGAGAGUUCAUCUGUGCCCUGUCCAUCACAUCGCGUGGCAGCUUCGAGCAGAAACUCAACUGGGCCUUCAACAUGUACGAUCUGGAUGGAGAUGGCAAGAUCACCAGGGUGGAGAUGUUAGAGAUCAUUGAGGUAAGGAAUCACAUUGAUGGCUGGCUUCCCGGACACAGAUUAAGCCGUUUUAGUCCAUUACUAGGUUUAGUCCGUGCCCGGGAAGCCAGCCCUAUAUGUUUUUUUAAAACUUGUACCCAUGAAGCUUAUACUAGCUGUUUAAGUUAUUUAUCCAGUUUUAAUGAAAUCUGCAGUGCAUGUUACUUGAAUGUAUACUGCAAAGACAAACAUGACUAAAAUAAACAUUGAGACAGAGGACGAUCAAGUUUAGCCGCUAGAUAAAAUCAGGAGAAUGUGUGUCCAUAGGGGGAACAGAAGGUAAGGUAAGUGACCAUUGAGAGGGGUGUGGGGUGAAAAUGUCCAUUGGGGGAGUAGCAGGGGGGAGGGGGGAGUAGGUUGCUGACUAGCCUGAUGGUCUGAGGUUAGAUUGGCCACUCUUCCAGUUUUUGCCAUGAUGCUCCUGUACUGCCAAUGUCGGAGUGAUUGAAGCGGGGAGAACAGGGCAUGGUUUGGGUGUCUGGGGUCCCUGAUGAUCUUCUUGGACUUCCUGCGACACCUGGUGUUGUAGGUGUCCUGUAGGGCAGGCAGUGUGCACUCAAUUGGUGCGUUCGGCUGCACGUAUCACUCUCUGAAGUGCAUUGCAGUCUGCGGCGGUGGAGUUGCCAUUCCAGGCUGUGAUGCAGCCUGACAGUAUGCUCUUGAUGGUGCUCCUGUAGAACACGGAGGGCUCUCGGGGACAAGCCUAAUUUAUUCAGCAUCCUGAGGUUGAAGAGUUGCUGUCGUGCCUUCUUCACCACGGUGUCUGUGUGGUUAGACCAUUUCAGCUUCUCUGCGAUGUGUACGCCGAGGAAUUUGAAGGUAUUGACCGUCUCCACGGCGGUCCUGUUGAUGUGGAUGGGGGCGUGUCCAGCCUGAAGUCCACAGUCAGCUCCUUUGUUUUGCUAACGUUGAGGGAGAGGUUGGUUACCUGGCGACACACCGUCAGAGUGUCUCAUCAUUGUUGGUAAUCAGGCCUACUACUGUUGUGUCAUCAGCGAACUUGAUGGAGUUGGAACUGUGUGAGGCCAUGCAGUCGUGGGUACACAGGGAAUACAGGAGGUGACAGCGGGCACACCCUUGUGAGGCUCCCGUGUUGAGAAUCAGUCGAGGAGGUCAUUUUGCCUACCUUCACCACCUGGAGGCGGCCCGUCAGGAAGUCCAGGACUCAGUUGCAUAGGGAGGAGUUCAGACCCAGGGCCGUGAGCUUCAUAAUGCGCUUAUAGGGCACUAUGGUAUUGAAGGCCGAGCUGUAGUCGAUGAACAGCAUCCUCACAUAUCCACUCCUUUUGUCCAGGUGGGUAAGGGCAGUGUGUUAUGUUAUACAGUGGGGAGAACAAGUAUUUGAUACACUGCCGAUUUUGCAGGUUUUCCUACUUACAAAGCAUGUAGAGGUCUGUAAUUUUGAUCAUAGGUACACUUCAACUGUGAGAGACGGAAUCUAAUACAAAAAUCCAGAAAAUCACAUUGUAUGAUUUUUAAGUAAUUAAUUUGCAUUUUAUUGCAUGACAUAAGUAUUUGAUACAUCAGAAAAGCAGAACUUAAUAUUUGGUACAGAAAUCUUUUUUUUUUGCAAUUACAGAGAUCAUACGUUUCCUGUAGGUCUUGACCAGGUUUGCACACACUGCAGCAGGGAUUUUGGCCCACUCCUCCAUACAGACCUUCUCCAGAUCCUCCAGGUUUCGGGGCUGUCGCUGGGCAAUACGGACUUUCAGCUCCCUCCAAAGAUUUUCUAUUGGGUUCAGGUCUGGAGACUGGCUAGGCCACUCCAGGACCUAGAGAUGCUUCUUACGGAGCCACUCCUUAGUUGCCCUGGCUGUGUGUUUCGGGUCGUUGUCAUGCUGGAAGACCCAGCCACGACCCAUCUUCAAUGCUCUUACUGAGGGAAGGAGGUUGUUGGCCAAGAUCUCGCGAUACAUGGCCCCAUCCAUCCUCCCCUCAAUACGGUGCAGUCGUCCUGUCCCCUUUGCAGAAAAGCAUCCCCAAAGAAUGAUGUUUCCACUUCCAUGCUUCACGGUUGGGAUGGUGUUCUUGGGGUUGUACUCAUCCUUCUUCUUCCUCCAAACACGGCGAGUGGAGUUUAGACCAAAAAGCUCUAUUUUUGUCUCAUCAGACCACAUGACCUCCCAUUCCUCCUCUGGAUCAUCCAGAUGGUCAUUGGCAAACUUCAGACGGGCCUGGACAUGCACUGGCUUGAGCAGGGGGACCUUGCUUGCGCUGCAGUAUUUUAAUCCAUGACGGCGUAGUGUGUUACUAAUGGUUUUCUUUGAGACUGUGGUCCCAGCUCUCUUCAGGUCAUUGACCAGUUCCUGCCGUGUAGUUCUGGGCUGAUCCCUCACCUUCCUCAUGAUCAUUGAUGCCCCACGAGGUGAGAUCUUGCAUGGAGCCCCAGACCGAGGGUGAUUGACCGUCAUCUUGAACUUCUUCCAUUUUCUAAUAAUUGCGCCAACAGUUGUUGCCUUCUCACCAAACUGCUUGCCUAUUGUCCUGUAGCCCAUCCCAGCCUUGUGCAGGUCUACAAUUGUAUCCCUGAUGUCCUUACACAGCUCUCUGGUCUUGGCCAUUGUGGAGAGGUUGGAGUCUGUUUGAUUGAGUGUGUGGACAGGUGUCUUUUAUACAGGUAACGAGUUCAAACAGGUACAGUUAAUACAGGUAAUGAGUGGAGAACAGGAGGGCUUAAAGAAAAACGAACAGGUCUGUGAGAGCCGGAAUUCUUACUGGUUGGUAGGUGAUCAAAUACUUAUGCCAUGCAAUAAAAUGCAAAUUAAUUACUUAAAAAUCAUACAAUGUGAUUUUCUGGAUUUUUGUUUUAGAUUACGUCUCUCAAAGUUGAAGUGUACCUAUGAUAGAAAUUACAGACCUCUACAUGCUUUGUAAGUAGGAAAAUCUGCAAAAUCGGCAGUGUAUCAAAUACUUGUUCUCCCCACUGUAUAUGUUAUGUAUAUGCCUAUACAGUAUGUUAUGGUGGGGAACAUUGGUAAAUAACUGAAGUAGUAUCAAGAUUAAACUUUGAACAUGUUAACAGAUUAACCAUGACUGUGUGAAAAUAGGUAUUUCUUGAAUUCCUUAUACCCCUGUUCUUUUCCUGUAGUAUCACCUCACCUCUCACCCCUGUGUGUCUAUAGGCCAUAUACAAAAUGGUGGGCACUGUGAUCAUGAUGAAGAUGAACGAGGACGGCCUGACACCGGAGCAACGGGUGGACAGGAUCUUCAGCAAGAUGGACAAGAACAACGACGACCAGAUCUCAUUGGAUGAGUUCAAAGAGGCGGCCAAGAGCGAUCCGUCCAUCGUGCUCCUGUUGCAGUGUGAUAUGCAGAAGUGAGGAGGUGGUGCUCGUCUGCAGAAAAUCAGACCUGCUCACUCUUUGGACAGUCAGCACAUGUUUUAAUGUUUCAUUAAGUUCUUCUUCUUCAACUUCUCAGCCUUUUCCACAGGAAAAUAAUUAUGCUUGGACUAUUUUUCAAUGGACUUGCUUCUUGUGGUUGUAUGCAUGAGAAUGUCAAAUAGCAGAAUAAUUUUAAAUAUAUUAUAUUACACAGUAUCAUGAUACAUUUAUAUUUUAUCGAAACUGAUCUGCCAAUGUGAAUUGUGCACAAGUCAUCCUAUUCCAUUUACCCAUUCACUUUUAGGCUAGCUUGUAUAUCAGUGAAGCUCUAUACAUCAAAUGAUUCUGUUCCUGCAGUAUUUAGAUGAUCUAUGUCCACUGCUGCAGCUAGCUUCUAAUGCUUAAUAUGCUGGUAAUGAACACUCAUUCCUAUGAUAAUUGUAACUCGUCUCUAUAAUAUUCAAACUUCUUGAGCUCUUGGAAAAAUAGAGGAGAUUCUUGUUCUUUCCAAAUAAGGUGUUCUAUUCAGACUGACUGGAAUUGAAGUGUAGGUUCUAAUCUUUGCAUGCAUGUGUUAUGUGUUCAGGCUCUAUAAUCUAACCUCUUAUUAAGUUGUUGCAUCUGCAAGCGGGGUAUUCAAGGAGAAGCCCUACGAAAAGCGUUUGGUAUUGUUGCAUGGGAUGUACAGUAGUGAUUCACCAGACCAUUACAUUAUUAACCUCCUGUGGGAGCUUGUUGCCCUCAUUUUUUAUAAUGUAUACAUGUGUAAUUAAUGUGACACUUGAGUUCUUGAACGACAGCCAAUACGGGCCCAGGUUGUAACCUCUCACACAGAGAGAAGAUGUAUCUGAAAGUUGAGUAUUGAAUUCAAGUCCAGCAGUACUGAGAAACGAGAGAAUAAAUCUGGUGCUGAUUAUAUACUACCCACUGGGCAAAAACUGGUUGAAUCAACGCUAUUUCCACGGCAUAAAAAAAUGUACAUGUGAUGACGUUGAAUCAACAUGGUGGUCCUCUGUAGCUCAAUUGGU